GGUGAUUGUGGUGUCUCCGAUGAAUCUCAUCCUCAAGCGCCAAUUCAGUCAACACGCCUCUCUGUGUCUGACGCCGUCAAUUUCAUCCUCUGCUCCGACGAAACAAUCUCGGAUCCUGGAGCUUUGUAAAUUGGGUCAGCUCACCGACGCCAUUCGGAUCCUAAACUCAACACACUCGUCUGAGAUCUCUGCGAAGUCGAAUCUCUACGCGUGUCUCUUACAAACAUGCAGAACAGUCUUCUCCUUUAUCCACGGCAUUCAGUUUCAUGCCCAUGUCGUCAAAUCGGGUCUGGAAACGGACCGGAACGUUGGGAACAGCUUGCUCUCUCUGUACUUCAAGUUGGGACCUGAUAUGAGGGAGACUCGGAGAGUUUUCGAUGGAAUGUUCGUCAAAGACGCGAUCUCGUGGACUUCGAUGAUGUCUGGAUACGUUGCCGGUAAAGAACACGUUAAGGCGCUUGAGGUGUUUGUGGAGAUGGUGAGUUUUGGUUUGCAGCCGAAUGAGUUUACGUUGUCUUCGGCAGUUAAGGCUUGCUUUGAGCUUGGAGAAGUUAGGCUAGGGAGGUGUUUCCAUGGUGUUGUUAUUACUCAUGGGUUCGAGUGGAACCAUGUUAUCUCUAGCACAUUGGCGUAUAUGUACGGUGUGAAUAGAGAACCAGUAGAUGCACGCCGAGUGUUUGAUGAAAUGCCUGAACCAGAUGUUAUUUGUUGGACAGCUGUACUCUCUGCGUUUUCGAAGAACGACUUGUACGAGGAAGCUUUGGGGCUUUUUUACGCGAUGCAUAGAGGAAAAGGGUUGGUGCCUGAUGGGUCUACAUUUGGAACUGUUUUAACGGCUUGUGGUAAUCUGAGAAGGCUGAAGCAAGGGAAAGAGAUUCAUGGGAAGCUUAUUACAAAUGGGAUAGGUAGCAAUGUGGUGGUUGAGAGUAGUCUUCUUGAUAUGUAUGGUAAAUGUGGAUCAGUUCGGGAGGCUAGGCAAGUGUUCAAUGGGAUGCCUAAGAAGAACACCGUAUCUUGGUCUGCCUUACUCGGGGGAUACUGUCAGAAUGGAGAGCAUGAGAAAGCAAUUGAGAUGUUCAGGGAGAUGGAAGAGAAAGAUCUGUACUGUUUCGGCACUGUUCUUAAGGCGUGUGCUGGUUUGGCGGCAGUAAGACUUGGGAAAGAGAUUCAUGGCCAGUACGUGAGAAGAGGGUGUUCUGGUAAUGUGAUUGUAGAAUCGGCUUUAAUUGACUUGUAUGGGAAAUCCGGGUGCAUUGAUUAUGCUAGUCGUGUUUACUCCAAGAUGUCAGUUAGGAACAUGAUAACGUGGAACGCUAUGCUCUCUGCGCUUGCUCAGAAUGGAAGAGGUGAAGAAGCUGUUAGUUUCUUCAAUGAUAUGGUUAAAAAGGGGAUAAAGCCUGAUUACAUCAGUUUUAUCGCGGUUCUCACUGCAUGUGGUCAUACAGGGUUGGUUGAAGAGGGACGGAAUUACUUUGCGUUGAUGGCUAAGAGUUAUGGGAUUAAACCAGGUACCGAGCAUUACAGUUGCAUGAUCGACCUUCUAGGACGCGCAGGUUUGUUUGAAGAAGCGGAGAAUCUGUUGGACAGAGCGGAGUGUAGAAAUGAUGCGUCUCUGUGGGGAGUUCUGCUUGGACCUUGUGCUGCAAAUACAGAUGCCUCCAGUAUUGCAGAGCGGAUUGCAAAGAGAAUGAUGGAGUUGGAACCAAAGUACCACAUGAGUUAUGUUCUUCUCAGUAACAUGUACAAGGCGAUAGGUCGCCAUGGGGAUGCACUCAAGAUUCGUAAGUUAAUGGUGAGACGAGGAGUAGCAAAGACUGUUGGACAGAGCUGGAUUGAUGCUCAUUAGAAAGCUAUAAAUAUUCGUGUCCCUC